AUGAAAGAAAAAAAUUUAAAACGUGGGAAUAAAACCAAAAUCACUCGAGGAUGUUCUGAAGAGGAAGAAGUUGAAAACAAUAUUGGUAACGGUGGAAUAAAUUUUCGUUGUGUAUGUGAGAAACCACUUUUUAAUACUGCAAUGAUUCAAUGCUGGGGAUGUAAUUGUUGGCAACAUUGUGUUUGCGUUGGAAUUUACGGUUCAUACCCUGGAGAAUAUUAUUGUUCGGAAUGUCGAGCCGAAGGAUUUUGA